CCCCUCGUCGCCACGGUGACGCCGCGCGUCGGCUCGGCGGCGCGGGGCAUCCCGCCAUGGCCGCGAAUGCGGGAAUCCCGUACUCGCCGUUACCAGGCCGGGUCCGGGAGCGCCUCACCUCGUUCAGCCACGCGGUGUUCAGCGGCAGGGAGAUCGCAUCGCCGGAGCGUGCCGGCACGGUGGUCGUGAGCAGCCUGCCCCUGCAGAUGUCGCUCUACCUCAACGCGUUCUAUUACCCGUGUUGGGUGACCUCGGAGGCCGUGAUGCUGGCUACCAAGUACCCCUACAUGGCCACGCACUACUGUGUGGUGCUCACCACGGUGCUUGUCUUCAUGGCCGUCAUCGAGAUGAGCCGCCUCUACCUGGGCUACGCCGGCAACCUGGGCGAGAAGGUGCCCGAGCUGGCUGGCUUCUGGCUGCUGUCCCUGCUGCUGCAGACGCCGCUGCUGCUGCUGCAGCUGCUGCUGCUGCUGGGCGACAGGGACAGGGUGCCACCUCUGCACGGGGCUCAGGUCGGGGUGCUGUCCGUGCUCGCUGUGCUGCUGGCCACGCAACUGGCGCUCGCCUUCACCACGCUGCGCCGCAUGACGGCGCGCAGGGCCACGCACUUCCACGUGGCUGCGACGCCGCAACUCCUCCACGAGCACCACGCGUAGCGAGCAGCGUAGCACCGCACGGCAUGCUCCACGCGUGGCACGUCACACACAUCACGAGCACCCCCCCCCCCGUGCCCAUCAUGAGCUCCCCCCAUGCCCCAUGGAAAGUUAUUUUUAUGAUAAGAGUUGUUGGGUUUUUUGUAAUAAAGAUCAGUCACUUGAGCGUAAACGUU